GUAUAAAUAACGUAGAAGUAAAGCUUGUUAGGAUUGAACGGCGUGUCGCAGUUGAUGUUGUGGUGAAGUUUGUAAUUUUUUAAAGAUCCUGGCAUUAACAAACAGGCGGGCGACUGAGUCUUCGUGGUGGUUUGUAAUGUAUGAAUGGAUAGUUGAUGGACUGUCAUCGCUGUUUGUUCCGUUUUCCGUGUUUUCUGGAGGGAGUUCGCCGAGCUGGCCUACGGACGGUAACCCGCCGCCGCCGCCAUCAUCACCACCACCACGAGACGCGGUCACUUCUGAAACACAACAACAACAACAACAACAACAGGAAAAUUACCGACCUGCCAAACGAAACUAUCAAAGCGUGCACUCUCCCGAUGGUGUAUCAGAGCACCUGGAAAUCAAAAGACCAAGACGAGAUGUGAUCAUCCGAGUUGUGAAGAAGACUUUCGCCGGGAUCGCAGGGCUGCUCCGAUUGCGACGACACGAGCCGUGCCGUUAUGAAAACGAGAGAGUUUGUAGACAAACGCAGAUUGGACAUGUUGCUCUAGUGGGAAUUGAUGAAAUUCACAGCAACGGCCUAAAUAAGUGGACGAUUGGUGGGGAUGUUAAAAUGGAGAAACCGAGAGAAAUGGGGCUGAGUGGUAAAGAGAGGAGCGUGCCAAACUUCUGCGUAGGUGCCCAGCCCCUGAUCAGGAAACCUGAAAGCGGAUCGGUGUUAUUUAUGGGAAAUCAGGACAGGCAGAGAGAACGUCCACACAGAAGGUCACUGCACCUGCUGCCGUCACGCCCUGUCCUCCCUGAGGCGGAUCCCCCCAGCCGCGCACACAAACCCUGCCUCGCCGUGGAGGAGGCCCUGAAAGAAAGCGACAGAGAGCACUACAGAAAGCUGGUGGAGAUGGUGUCUGAGAAGUACUCGAAGAAUAAACCGCUGCCGUUUGGACGAGUGAAACCGCCAAUCACUACUUUUCCCCAUGGCCGUACUACUCCUGAGAUCAGCAAACCUAUGCCAAUCAAAGUGAACCCUCAUGCACCAGUGUGGAGGAAUUCCACUUUAAUAAAUCAUGUAAAAGACAGUGCACCAGUCAGUGAUGUUGGGAGGAAGAAACCAGACCAACCUUUGAAUAAAACCAGGCCUUUAGAGGUGGAUCUGUCCGUCGAGGUAGAAACCCGGCUGAACCUGAAGGACAGAGAGACUGCUGCAGUGUGCCAGCCGGCAGUGCAGACCCGCUCAGAACCUGUCUUUGACGCAGGGAAGCACUUAGAGGAGGAGUUUCCCAGAUUGACCAAGGAGAUGCAGCAGGAGGUGAGUGCUGCUCUCGCACAGAGAGAUCCAGACCUAGUCCUGAGCAGCGCUUUCAAACUGCGCAUCACACAGAGAGAUCUGGCAACCCUGCAGGAGGGCAGCUGGCUCAACGACGAGGUGAUUAAUUUCUACCUUAACCUGGUGAUGGCACGGAUGGAGCAGGAAUUAGGCGGGAGGAAGGUGUACUGCUUCAGCACCUUCUUCUUCCCUAAGCUGCAUGGGGGCGGCCACGCUGCGGUGCGCCGCUGGACCAAGGCUGUCGACCUCUUCCUCUACGACAUCAUCCUCAUUCCCCUGCACCUGGGGGUCCACUGGUCUCUCGCCGUUGUUGACUUCAGAGCGAAGUCCGUGAGGUCGUACGACUCUAUGGGUCAGAGGCAUGAUGACAUCUGUAACCUAAUACUGAUGUACAUUAAAGAGGAGUACGAGGUCAAGAAAGGCAAAGAUCUGGAAAUCUUAAAGUGGACAGUGACCAGCUUGCGAGCCACUGAGGUUCCUCAGCAGAAGAACGGAAGUGACUGUGGUGUGUUUGUGUGCAAGUAUGCUGACUACAUCGCACGUGGACGCCCCUUUACCUUUAGACAGUGUCACAUGCCAUAUUUCCGUAAAGUGAUGAUCUGGGAGAUUCUGAAUCAGAAGCUGCUGCAGUAGGAGGGCAAAAAAAAAAAAACAAAACUGAACUUGACCUGACCAAAGCACCGGACCACACAACGUUCAUCCUCCACAAUACUCUACAGACGUCUGCUUGUGUGCUUCUGUUCUACCCUCGCCCCCGUCCGGUUUGUUUAGACGGGUCGUGGUGUUUAAAUCACAGGUGUGUGUGUGUGUGUGUGUGUGUGUGAGUUCAGAGGGAUGAAGGUUUGGGCUAGACAGUGAGCCACGUAAUCAGUACAUGGAAGUUUUUUUUUUUUUCUCUUUUGGUUCUAGCUUCUUUGUUAAUCAAGCAUUUGUCAUUCCUAGAAUUGACUUAUCACCCCUGUGUGUGUGUGUGUGUGUGUGUGUGUGUGUGUGUGUGUGUGUGUGUGUGUGUGUGUGUGUGUUAGACUCUUGAUUUUGAGAUGUGAUUUAAAGGAGUAUUCGAAUGUACACUAAUGUAAAGAUGUGCAGGAUGGUCAUUUUUAGCAGGGCUGUCAAAUUUUUUUCCCCAUUGAACCUAUUGUAGUAUUUUUAUUACCACCAUGUUUGAAGGGUGGGAAGGGGAAGAAGAAAAUUACGUAUUUAUUCCCACACAAGUGUGUGAAUCUUAAUUGGAUAUAAAAUGGUUGUUUUUCUUUCAUAGCAAUCACAUGCGAUGACGGAAGUGAAUGUAUGUGAGAAUUUACGGUACCUGAGCUGCGGAUUGCAGUGAAAGCAGCAGUAUUUAUUGCGUGUGGUUAAGUCCAGAGUGCCUUGACGAUGGUUUUUUUUUUGUCUGCAAUUUUUUCUAAAUCUACAAGAGUCAAAUAGAUUUACUAAAAUACACUACUUGCGUGCUACUGGAGGUGUGUGUGUGUGUGUGUGUGUGCCUGAAAUGAGACAUUACUGAGGUAUGUACAAUAUGAUGAGUGUGUGAUGACAAAGCAGAUACCUGUUUUUAUAUAUUCGAUUUGGAUUACAUCCUAUAUUUGUAAUGCAAGUAUUGUUUUUUGUUUUGUUUCUUUUCCCCAAACUGGAAGUGUAAUGAAUGCCAAAUAGACAUGGUUAUGGUUUUAGUUACAAUAGUGCAUGGUGAAGGAAAGCCCUUUAAAAGGAGCAACAAGUAGCAUUAUUUAUCUCUGGCCUGCCAGUUGUAUUAUUGCAUUAUAAAAAAAAAAAAAAAAAACACACAGCAUUUUUUUUUUUUUUUCCCUGCCACUUUCCAAAACACACGGCAGUAGGUGGAUUGGUGAUGCUGAAUUGCCUCAAGGUGCAAAUGUAUGUGUGUGCUUGGUGUCCUGCGAUGUACUGGAGUCCCAUCCAGGUUGUAUUCCUGCCUCGCUCCCAGUAUUCCUGGGAUAGACUCCGGAUCCGGAUCCACCGUGUGCCUGGCCAGGCUUACUGAAGAUGAAUGAAUGAAUCGGUAUAGUUGUUUAAUGCCUGGCUGUUUCAGAGUCAGUACACAGCAGGUAGAACGAGACAUUUUCAUGACCUUCAUCUCUCACCACCAUUCAACAUUCCCUGUUCUCCUUGUGCGACGUGCUUUAACACAGAUAUUUCAGAUUUUAUGGAAAAAUUCUACUUUUUGCUCCUUUCUUUUCUAAUGCAAACUUUAUUUAUGACCUGACACUUAUUUGUUUAAGCUGGACUAUUAGUGUUAUCAGACCUGUUCAUGUGUUUGUGGUGUGCAAGAUUGAGAAGUGUGUGUGUGUGUGUGUGUGUGUGUGCAGUUAAUAAGUUUAACUGAGAUUUCGAGGCCUACUGUAUAUGUGCUGUUUUUUUUUUGUUGUUCAUGCAGAAUGUUGGUAAUUAUUUUUAUAAAGAAUAAAGUACUGGAGGGAA